UCCAAGAGGCGGAGGCGCCCGCUGUCCAGGCAGCUGAGCCCCGGCAGCCGAGCCCCGGCAGCCACUGCUCUCCGCCUCUCCCCUCGCGGGGCCGGCUCAUGGAGCGCAGGUCCCGGGCUGGCUCUCGCGGAGCUCCGGGUCUCCUCUAGCCUCGUCCCCAGAGAGGGAGGAGCCCGUGCCCGGUACAGUCCUGCGGGCCCUAGCAGCUCCCCACAAACCACCAUGCCUCUGCUGGACGUUUUCUGGUCUUGCUUCAGGAAGGUGAAGUGCUUCCCAUUGCUGCAAGUGAAGAAGAAUGCUGAAGCCGAGGCCAAAAGAGCAUGUGAGUGGCUUCGAGCAACGGGAUUUCCUCAGUAUGUGCAGCUUUUUGAAGAAGGUUCGUUUCCCCUGGAUAUUGGCUCUGUGAAGAAAAACCACGUUUUUCUGGACGAGGACUCUUUGGGGGCCUUGUGUAGGAGGCUAAUGACCUUGAACAGUUGUGCCUCGAUGAAAUUGGAGGUUCAUUUCCAAAGCAAGCAGAAUGAAGACUCGGAAGAGGAAGAGCAGUGUACCAUCAGUAGCCACUGGGCCUUCCAACAGGAAAGUAAGUGCUGGUCUCCUGUGGGGUCCUCUGAUCUGUUGGCCCCACCGAGCCCUGGGCUGCCAGUGGCCUCAAGCUGUGAGAGUGUCCUCACUGAGCUUAGCGCCACCUCUCUGCCAGUCAUCACUGUGAGUCUACCGCCGGAGCCAGCAGACUUGCCCUUGCCAGGCCGUGCCCCCACCCCGAGUGAUCGGUCCCUCCUCAGCCCCACCCAGGGCCAGGAGGGUCCCCAGGACAAAGCCAAGAAGCGCCAUCGUAACCGUAGCUUCCUCAAGCACCUUGAGUCUCUGAGGCGGAAGGAAAAGAGUGGCAGCCGGCAAGCAGAGCCUGAGCGGAGUCCAGCCGCCUCAGAGAAGGCCUCCAAAGCCUCAUCUUUUCGCAGUUGCCGUAGCUUCCUCUCGGCCGGAUUUUACAGGCCCAAGAACCGGGCUGCCACCUCAGCCGGUGGCAGUGGUGCCGACACUCGGAAGGCCUGGGAGGCCUGGCCUGUGGCCUCGUUCCGUCAUCCUCAGCGGACACACCGAGGUGAUUGCCUGGUGCAUGUGCCGGGGGACCACAAACCAGGAACAUUCCCUCGCUCCCUGUCCAUCGAAAGCCUGUGUCCUGAGGACGGACACCGCCUGGCAGACUGGCAGCCAGGUAGGCGCUGGGGCUGUGAGGGGCGCCGGGGCUCCUGUGGCUCAACGGGCAGCCAUGCCAGCACGUAUGACAACUUGCCUGAGCUGUACCCAGCUGAGCCUGUACUGGUUGGGAUCGAGGCUGAAGAUGAAGAUGAUGGGGAGAGUGGAGGCAGCUAUGCUCACCUAGAUGACAUCCUCCAGCACGUGUGGGGGCUACAGCAACGAGUAGAGCUGUGGUCUCAGGCCAUGUACCCAGACCUGGGGCCUGGAGAUGAGGAAGAGGAGCAGGCCACUUCAUCAAUAGAAAUAGCCACAGUUGAGGUCAGAGGCCAAGCUGAGGGUCUGGGCCAGAUGGAGGUUCCAGCCCACAAAGAGUUCCCAGCCUGGGCACAGGCUGAAGUCCAACAAGCAGUCCUGGCUCCGGCUCAGGCUCCGGCAGAAGCUGAGCCAUUGGCACAGGAAGAGGCUGAGGCCCCGGCCCCGGCUCGGGACAGUGAGCAGGAGGCACAUUCAGGCGGGGAACCCACCUCUGCUUCUAGCCUGUCUAUGGAAGAAGGACACUCCAUUUCUGACACUGUGGCCUCCUCCAGCGAACUCGACAGUAGUGGGAACUCCAUGAAUGAGGCGGAGGCUGCAGGGCCCCUGGCAGGACUCCAGGCAUCAAUGCCACGUGAACGGCGGGAUUCAGGUGUUGGAGCCUCACUUACCAGACCCUGCAGGGAGAAAAAUGGGGACCAGAAGAACACACAACCUUUUCUAAGGUUUAGCCAAACCUGCUCCUCUGGGCUUCUCCACCCAUCUCACCCCUGCCCCCCACCCCCCACCAGGAAGCUCCGUUGGCAUAGCUUCCAGAACUCCCAUCGGCCCAGCCUUAACUCGGAGUCGCUGGAGAUCAACCGGCAGUUUGCAGGCCAGAUCAACCUCCUGCACAAGGGCUCGCUGCUGCGGCUCACUGCCUUCAUGGAGAAGUACACUGUGCCCCACAAGCAGGGCUGGGUCUGGUCAAUGCCCAAGUUCAUGAGGAGGAACAAGACCCCAGACUACCGGGGACAGCACAUAUUUGGAGUGCCACCCCUCAUCCACCUGCAGCGCACGGGCCAACCGCUGCCACAGAGCAUUCAGCAAGCCAUGCGUUAUUUGCGCAGCCAGUGCCUGGACCAAGUGGGCAUCUUCCGCAAGUCCGGGGUUAAGUCCAGGAUCCAGAACCUGCGCCAAAUGAAUGAGACCUCGCCUGACAAUGUCUGCUAUGAGGGCCAGUCGGCCUACGACGUGGCUGACCUGCUGAAGCAGUAUUUCCGGGACCUGCCUGAGCCCAUCUUCACCAGCAAGCUCACCACCACUUUCCUGCAGAUCUACCAGCUGCUCCCCAAGGAUCAGUGGCUGGCAGCAGCACAAGCUGCCACCUUGCUGCUCCCCGAUGAGAACCGAGAGGUGCUACAGACCCUGCUCUACUUCUUAAGUGACAUUGCCUCUGCCAAGGAAAACCAGAUGACAGCAGGCAACCUGGCAGUGUGCCUGGCACCCUCCAUCUUCCACCUCAACGUCUCUAAGAAGGAUAGCCCCUCUCCCAGGAUCAAGAGCAAACGCAGCCUGGUUGGCAGGCCUGGCCCUAGGGACCUGAGUGAGAACAUGGCAGCCACCCAGGGCCUGUCGCACAUGAUCAGUGACUGCAAGAAACUUUUCCAGGUGCCCCAGGAUAUGGUGCUGCAGCUGUGCAGCUCCUACAGUGCAGCUGAGCUCAGCCCUCCCGGACCAGCCCUGGCUGAGCUGCGUCAGGCCCAAGCUGCAGGGGUGAGCCUGAGCCUCUACAUGGAGGAGAGCGUCCAGGACCUGCUGCGUGAUGCUGCUGAGCGCUUCAAGGGCUGGAUGAGCAUGCCAGGGCCCCAGCACACGGAGGUGGCUUGCAAGAAGGCACCAGACGGGCACCCCCUGCGGCUAUGGAAGGUGUCCACAGAGGUGGCAGCCCCCCCAGCUGUGGUGCUGCAUCGUGUUCUCCGGGAGCGGGCCCUCUGGGAUGAGGACCUGCUACGGGCCCAGGUGCUGGAAGCCCUGAUGCCGGGUGUGGAGCUGUACCACUAUGUCACCGACAGCAUGGCACCCCAUCCUUGCCGUGACUUCGUGGUGCUUCGGAUGUGGCGCUCCGACCUGCCACGUGGGGGUUGCUUGCUUGUCUCCCAGUCCCUGGAUCCUGAGCAACCAGUGCCAGAGUCGGGUGUGCGGGCCCUCAUGCUCACGUCCCAGUACCUCAUGGAGCCUUGUGGUCUGGGCCGCUCUCGGCUCACACACAUUUGCCGCGCGGACCUCAGGGGCCGUUCUCCUGACUGGUACAACAAAGUAUUUGGGCACCUGUGUGCCAUGGAAGUGGCAAAGAUCCGGGACUCCUUCCCCACCCUGCAGGCAGCAGGGCCUGAGACAAAGCUGUGAGCCUUGGGCUGGUCCCAGGGUGGCACCACCGAGGCCCCCCAGGCACCAAGGGAGUGAGGGGGAACCAAGAACAGAGCAGCCCCCUGGGUGCUGUGCCAGGAGCAGAGCCAGGCCCCGGUGGCUCCAGCUGCCUGUCCUGCCCUCUUUCCUAAAGUUCCUCUGCACAUAGAGGGGAGAAAAAGAGAAUUUAGGCAACUCCACUCCCCCUUCACCCCCACGCCCGUAUUCUACUCUCCGAAAAAGAGAAGACAAUUGAAUGAGUAGCAAGAAGACUUCUGCCACCUGCUACCUGCCCGUAAGGCCACCACUUGGCCUGAAGCUGCCACAGCUCCCCGCCUGUAGGGACAAAGAAGUCAACAGCAGUGUGUGAUUCCAGGUCUCUACCAGACUGAGAGGCCAAGACGUCUUGUUUGCUGCAAGGGUGAUUUUGAGAUGGGGCAUGAGGUUCUGGUCCUGCCUUCAGGGCCAACCUUGGCCCUGAAGUGGCUUCUUUAGAGGAAUUGGACUGGAGUGAAUGGGCACAGAGGUGGAGCACAGGGCAGCCCCAGUCACCACGAGCUGUUUCAUUUGUGUAAAUACGAUGCUGAAUUUUAUGAGGCUGAGUUGAGGGUGGGCACUGAUGGGCCCCUAAUACACGACAUGAUGACUUGGCAUAGAUUGGGAUGUGAGGGUGGAGAACCUUCCUUUCUCAAGUCUCAAGAUGCCAAUGAAACCAGUUUUCACUGACUUGGAUUUCACGCUUUAUCUGCCACCCCAUGGGGUCCUCUGUAGCCUUUGGCCACACACAGCCACUGCCCAGGCCAAGCAAAAGCAGAGCGUAGUUAAGAGACAAGGGUUUAUGUCCUUGUCCCUUUUGCCUAUGGUAAUGGGCUAAUAUAACAGCCCCUUUCUCAAGCAGAGACCUGGCCCCUGGGCCAGCCAGAUGGAAGGCGUAUCAUAGCCAGCUGGAGCUUAAGCUAAACCUGUUCUCUCCUACCGGCCAGCCCUCUUUGCUCACAUGGAAAUUCAAAGGCCACUGGUGCUUUAUUUUUCUAUCUGCCGAGCAAACUGAAAUAGUGUUGGAUCCCAAUCACCUCUGUAAUUUUCAAGCCUAUUUUAUUUGUACCUGUAAAUACUGUACAGCUAAUAUAUAUAUAUGUGUUUAUAUAGAUACAUAUACACACAUAUAUAUACACAUGCAUUUGCACAGACACACACAUAUAUCGAUUCUCAUGAAAUAUAAUCUCUGGGUGGGGGUAAUGGUCUGGAAGGCCUGAGGGGCACUUCAGAUGAGAAUGGAGAUGUAGGGAGCCAGGUGCAGCAGGAUCCCUCAAAUCAAUAAAGCAUUACCAGAGAUGCACUUUAA